AUGGGCUGCUGCUCCGGCCGCUGCGCGCUCAUCUUCCUCUGCACUUUCCAGCUGGUCACCGCCCUGGAGCGGCAAGUGUUCGACUUCCUGGGCUACCAGUGGGCGCCCAUCCUGGCCACCUUCACCCACAUUGUCGUGGUCAUCCUGGGGCUCUUCGGCACCAUCCAGUACCGGCCUCGCUACAUCGUGGUGUACGCAGUGUGGGCGGCCGCCUGGGUCACCUGGAACGUCUUCAUUAUCUGCUUCUAUUUGGAAGUGGGGGGGCCUCUCAAAGGUGACGGGCUCCUGACCUUCAGCCUCUCCCGGCACCACUCCUGGUGGCAUGAGCAUGGCCCGGGCUGCGUGCACAAGGAGCCGGCGGCCAGCCUGGGUGCCCCGGACAGCCAGGCCCUGGUGCCAGGCAUCGGCUGCACCCUGGAGCAUGGCUACGUGGAGGCCCUGCACAGCGCCCUGCAGAUCCUGGUGGCGCUUGUGGGCUUCGUCUGUGCCUGCCAUGUGGUCAGCGUUGUCACCGAGGAGGAGGACAGCUUUGAUUUCAUUGGUGGAUUUGACCCGUUUCCUCUCUGCCAUGUCAGUGAAAAGCCUUCCAGCCUCUCGUUCGAGCAGCCCCCUGGCUCAAACCCCUACGAGAUGUCUGCGGCCAGAGUCAGCUCUGCAGGGACAAGGCCCACAGCUGCCUGUGUGGGGAGCCCCGGUCCUGACGCGGCCUCGCAGAAGCCCAGCCCCUCCCUGCCCUUUUCCAAAGGCCAGGAAGCCCUCCCCUUCUUGGAUUUUGUCCCAUUUGCUCUCCAAGGGACGAGGGCACAGCAGCCCCCGCUGACCGCUGACUGCGCCUUCCUUCCGGCUUCUCUGCCCCUGCCCACCCCCACCUCGCCCCGCAGGCCGGCCAGCGGCAUAGGUGAAGAGCACCCAUUCCCCCCCGCGACCUCCAGCUUCGGUGACCCACGCGGACGGCGCCCCCAGGGUCUGGUGACUGGACGUGAGCCAGGGCAGCGGGGCCAGAGCCAGGCCGGGGACGGCUGCAACUUCUAA